AUUUUUGACGGCAUGUCAUUCAUCACAGUGUUGCUGCACCUCCACGGAAGUAGCCACUAAAUAACUGAACUGUUGUGCUCGUGGAUAAAGAGCGAUUUUAAGUGGGUAUCCCUCUGAAGUUUAGCAAUACACAUCCCCAGCUUGAUAGGGAGGUUAUGACACAUUGCCCAUCUGUGUCCCAAAGUGACAGGAGCCAUGAAGCUUCGGCUGCACUUUGUGAUGGACCCCAUGGGCUGGUUCUGCAUCAGUAUGGUUUUCGCCAUCUGGCUCUACAACUCCUUCUUCGUCCCCAAGUUGGUGCUACUGCCCCAUUUCUAUGAGGGGAAUAUCCCUUGGGCCUUGGUUGUCAGUUACUACUUUGCAUCAGCCCUCUGUAUGGCUGCACUUUUUAGAGCUUCUACAGCCGAUCCUGGCCGACUCCCACCCGACCCCCAAAUCCCUCACUCAGAGCGAGAGCAGUGGGAAAUGUGUACCAAGUGCAACACGAGGAGACCAAAAAGGUCCCACCACUGCAGUCGUUGUGGCCAUUGUGUACGUAGAAUGGACCACCACUGUCCAUGGAUCAAUAAUUGUGUAGGGGAGGACAACCACUGGCUCUUCUUGCAACUCUGUUUUUACACACAGGUCCUCAGUUUGUUCACCCUGGCUCUAGACUUCUGCCAGUUCUAUUACUUCCAGCCCUUGACCUCAUUGGACCAGGAGGCAUUCAUGGCACGUCAUGAGCUCGCCCUGAUACGAGUGUCUGCGAUCAUGGGUCUGGUGAUGAUCGGAGGCAUGAGCAACCUCUUCUAUACUCAGAUGGCUGGCAUCCUGACAGACACCACCACCAUUGAGAAAAUGUCUCACUUCUCAAAUGAAAUAGUCCGGUCUGGUGGUGGGUCAAAGAAAUCCUGGCAGCGGACUCUGGCCGAGGUGUUUGGCACUACCUGGAAAAUCCUGUGGUUCAUCCCGUUGAGGAGCAGGCAACCACUGACCUUUCCCCACCACUUCCGCAGUCACGUGUAGAUAAGUGGAGCUCUGUCCCACUUCAGUCCAGACGGCAGGCUGCCAUCUCCGACAGAGAAUACACUAUGCACACUCAGCGCCCCCCACCUGCCUUCACCUCCCUGUUUUGUGCCAUCUAAGCUGAUUAGUAGUAUUGGUUGGCCAGUGGAUAUCUUUUCGUCUUUUCUAAUAGGAAUCACAUUGAAAGUGCUUGAACUGAGUCACAAACUCCUCGACAGUCGAGAGACAUUUGACCAAGUGCAACCUAAUGCCCUCCCUUACUAGGGGCUCCAUUGUGCUCUGUUGUCACAUUGAGGGAACCACUUUAAGGGGAAAUUUAUUUUUAAAGGGAACUUUGACAGAAGGGAAAUCAAUAAGAACUACAAGUUGAUUGUAGGUCCAUGUAGACCUUCAAACGACACUAAAUGCUAAUAGACAGCCAAUUAAAAAAUAUUUAUAAUUUGUGUUGCCUUCUUGGGACUCAUGGUCCAUUCAUGUGUCAUAAAUCAACAGUGUUUCUGCUGUUGUCUGGUGGGCUGUGGCCUGUUGUUUUCAAGAUAAAAAAAAAAAAACAUACACCCCUCCGACACAUUCUGAAGUUGCAUUUUUGCCCCCCCCCCCCAUUUUAUAAUUGGAAUGUGAUACAAAAUGAGGGAACGGUGGGUUUAGGACCGUGCGAUGCCUCCGAGCGGUCGGGUUGGUUGUUUGGAGUGUUUAUCAGACUUGAUUAAAAAAAUAUAUAUAUAAUAAUAAUAAUGUCCCCCCCACUUCUAAAACCCAACGUUGUGCCCAUGCCACAGAUAUAUGGUAGAGACCGGCAAUGAAGGAGACCUUUGCUUGCAACAUGACUGUCUGUCAUGCAUCAUUUUGCCAUAAACUAGCAUGACGCCUAAUAAUAUCUAUAAUGUCAGCCUUAUGACCGUGUUACGCAGGCCUUAUGACUGUUACGCAGGCCUUAUGACAGUAUUAUGCAGGCCUUAUGACAGGGUUCAAGUAAAGCGUUACCCAAAUAUCUUACUGUCAAAGUUAGUAGUUGAAUUUCUUAGCCGUCGCAACUCAGUUGCACUGUUUGUUUCUGUAGUUCAGUUGGUAGAGCAUGGCACUUGCAAUGCCAGGAUAGUGGGUACAAUUCCCGGGACACCCAUAAGUAAAAUGUAUGCACACAUAGUCGCUUUGGAUUAGGUGUCUGCUAAAUGGUGUAUAUUUGAUUUAUUAUAUAGUACAAAUAAAUAGAAAAGUGCAAAUGUGUGCACUAUUCACAUACUGUACCUUACAAAAUCGGUUGAUAGAUAGCUAAUUACGUAUCGAGCUACAGGGCUUUAACAACCAACCAUGACUUAUUUUGCAUCAACAGUGGUAACCGUGUCUUUAUCUCCCAUCAAUUAGACAAACAACACAGAGUCUUUGUUCAUUUUAAAAACAUUUUUGCUUGUUGCUUUUUCAAACCUCCACACUGCCUAAAGCCAAAUGAUUUAACCUUACCAAUGACCACAGACUAAGACUAAAAAUGUCAUAAUGUCACAAUGAACUGUAUCAACAUUAAUUUCAGGGUAUAGCAAAUAGUUGUAUUUAUGUUUAUUUGCUGUUGUACACUUGGUUGUAACAUUGUUCAUAAAUCCUCCUCCUACUUCUAAAUAUGCACUGAUAUACUGUACCUCUGUGUAUUUCUUUGUACACAUUCCACUUUAUUUUUCUACUCAAGUUUUAUUUUGUUUUUAUGUACAUGCUUUAAUGACUGUUGAGUCGAUUUACUUUUGAUAAUUUGAAUGUAUGAUACUAUGAGUUUUCUGAUCCUAGUGUGACUUAAUUAACCCUAUCUGUCCCGAGAACCCAGCAAAAAUGUGAUUUAAAUGUAUCUGCAUGUUGCAGGCCUUAUGUUAUCAGGGCUACAAGUAGAACACAAAACAAUUUGACAUCAAUAGUUGCAUUCAUGAGUUUUAUUGACAAUUGUCGAAAACCAACAAAAAAAAGUCAAAGCCAAAGCAAAAGCUGAUCAAAAUAAAUUCAUAUGAACGCUGUUAAGUGCAGAAAUAGUUUGCUCGUUGGGAAAUGAAUAUCCAACUCGUCAGUGACAACUCUUUGGAGUUUGAUAGCAACUAUGAGCUUGUUACAGUAGUAUAGACUCUAUGUCCUGGUAUUUCCUAUGAUCUUCUAUGUAGAAGAACCCUUUAGCUUCUAACGACUUGUGUAGCAUGUGGGCAACACAGAGCAAAAUAUUUUACACGUGCGUGUUCGUAAGAGUUUCGGCUUUUCAUAGGCAGCUUUCAAUCGUUUUUAUAGCUCAAACCAUUUGGACUCAUUUUUGCAAAAAGAACCGGUCCGAGCCCCUUCGGGAUCCGCCCUUGUCUCACAACACAGCUCUAGUCAGCCCCUGUUAAUCACACAGACUAAUGGGAUCUACGGAUGCAGAAGAAAUAGAUUCAUCCAAUGGUGAAACCCAGAAGUCUGUAGCUCAAACACACUAUGUUUAAAAGGGUCUAGAAGUCCAAAACGCCCCAGCAUUACGGUGGGACUCAUUAGGUUAAUGGAGUCUCAGAACACUGUUUAUGUUAGUAUCUAAUUGUUUUCAUGUUAAUUGUGAGUACAGCUGCUGUCAAUUGUCUGUCAUAUUUGUAGUUUCCUUGAUUGUUCGUAAAUGGUAGUGGACACUGAAUACUUUAUUUUUUAUAACAAUAUUGUCUUUAAUUUUAAUUUCCUGGUUGGUAUUGUGUUGAUUUGUAUGAUUUGUAUAGUUCAUACUUUCUUCAUCAUAUAGGAUGCAUCAUAUAUAGUAAAAGGGGAAUGUUAAUGUUGCAUUAAUGCAAAGUACAUGUUUUUUGUUUACACUUGAAGUAUCUGUCAAUGCAUUGCACAUCACCAGUAGGAGUUCUACCAACAACUGUCUUGAACCAUAAAUGUAUUUAAAAAAAAUCUUUGUUAACACUACAUCAACCGUUGCUUACAGAAUCACCAACCUACUUUGGCGUCUAACAAGGACCUUUUGUGAGGAUCUGUAUCCUCACUAUGUCCCUCAGGGCUCAGUGCUGAGUCCCCUGCUGUUCUCCAUGUACAGUGCCUUCGGAAAGUAUCACACCCCUUGACUUUUUCCACAUUUUGUCGUGUUACAAAGUGGGAUUCAAAUUUAUUUAAUUGUCUUUUUUUUUGUCAACGAUCUAUACAAAAUACU